CACAAUUUUCAGCAAUAAGUCAUCAUGACCGGACGUGGCAAAGGAGGAAAAGGUUUGGGAAAAGGAGGUGCAAAACGGCAUCGCAAAGUGCUCAGGGACAACAUUCAAGGAAKUACUAAGCCUGCCAUCCGUCGUUUGGCUCGGCGAGGAGGAGUGAAACGGAUUUCCGGAUUAAUCUACGAAGAGACACGUGGAGUGUUGAAGGUUUUUCUUGAAAACGUGAUCCGUGACGCAGUCACAUACACCGAGUAUUUAAUUGAUGAGUUAUUUUUACUAAAUGAAACCCGCGGUGUCCUGAAAGUGUUCCUGGAAAACGUGAUCCGUGACGCCGUCACUUAUACCGAACACGCAAAGAGGAAGACCGUCACAGCUAUGGAUGUCGUCUACGCUCUCAAACGUCAAGGCCGCACACUCUACGGAUUUGGUGGAUAA